GAUGGGUGCAAAUCUUGGGAUCCAUCUUAGAAUUUGGCCUCCCACAAUCAGUCAUAAGAACUAAGCGGAGCUUCCGCUUCCGGUGGGGCAGGCCCUAGCCGUAGAGAUGGCGGCAACAGCAGCUGAGGCUGCUGCUUCGGGCUCUGGAGCGCCCCGGGAAGAGGCUGAAGCCCUGGGCCCCGCCUGGGAUGAAUCGCAACUGCGCACUUACAGCUUCCCAACCCGGCCCAUCCCGCGUCUGAGUCAGAGCGACCCCCGGGCGGAGGAGCUCAUCGAAAAUGAGGAACCUGUAGUACUGACCGAUACAAAUCUUGUGUAUCCUGCUUUGAAAUGGGACCUUGAAUACCUACAAGAGAAUAUUGGCAACGGAGACUUUUCUGUGUACAGUGCCAGCACCCACAAGUUCUUGUACUAUGAUGAGAAGAAGAUGGCUAAUUUCCAGAACUUUAAACCGAGGUCCAACAGGGAGGAAAUGAAAUUUCAUGAAUUCGUUGAGAAACUGCAGGAUAUACAGCAGCAAGGAGGGGAUGAGAGGUUGUAUCUGCAGCAAACACUCAAUGACACUGUGGGCAGGAAGAUUGUCAUGGACUUCUUGGGUUUUAAUUGGAACUGGAUUAAUAAGCAACAGGGAAAACGUGGCUGGGGACAGCUGACCUCUAACCUGUUGCUCAUUGGCAUGGAAGGAAAUGUGACACCUGCUCACUAUGAUGAGCAACAGAACUUCUUUGCCCAAAUAAAAGGCCAUAAGCGAUGCAUCUUAUUCCCUCCGGAUCAGUUUGAGUGCCUCUAUCCAUAUCCUGUUCAUCACCCAUGUGACAGACAGAGCCAGGUGGACUUUGACAAUCCUGACUACGAGAGGUUCCCCAAUUUCCAAAACGUGGUUGGUUAUGAAACAGUGGUUGGCCCUGGUGAUGUUCUUUACAUCCCAAUGUACUGGUGGCAUCACAUAGAGUCAUUACUAAAUGGGGGGAUCACCAUCACUGUGAACUUCUGGUAUAAGGGGGCACCUACCCCUAAGAGAAUUGAAUAUCCUCUCAAAGCUCAUCAGAAAGUGGCCAUAAUGAGAAAUAUUGAAAAGAUGCUUGGAGAGGCCUUGGGGAACCCACAAGAGGUGGGACCUUUGUUGAACACAAUGAUCAAGGGCCGAUACAAUUAGCCUGCCAGGAGUCCAGGCCUCCUGCCAGUGACUGCUAUCCCGUCCACACUGCUUCGUUGAUGAGGACAGGAGACUCCAAGCACUAGUAUUGCACGCUGCACUUAAUGGACUGGACUCUUGCCAUGGCCCUGGAGGCAGGUGUUUGGGGCAAGGCAGGGUGGUUGGCACUCCACUCCCAUUUGGAGGAACUUCUCACCCUUGCCUCUUGUGCCCCAGCACCCUUCCUCUCUGACCCCCUAAAGUUCUGCAUUCGGUGUGUGGAGUCCCAGCUUCUGAUUGUCAUCAUGUCUGUGUCUGUUAGUCUGUCAACUUCAGGGUGUGUGUGUGUGUGUGUGUGUGUGUGUGUGUGUGUGUAUGCAAGCACACACAUAAUGUUUCUGUUCCUCGUUUCCUUCUGGUCUGGCUGUCAUCCCUAUCUCCUGUAACCUCAGUGCCUCAGCCUGAGAGAGAGGAGAUUCUCUUGGACCUCUGUUGCAUUUGGGCUGCGGGGACAGAGUGAGUCCAACUCUUAGGUCAGUCUGCCUCCUGCCAGUUUUUGCAGUCAGGCUCCAGGCUAGGUAGAAACGGCUACUGGGACUCUAAUGGGGGCAUUGAGAGGGAGGCUUGCCUUUCAGAGCCUAGGAGAGGAUUAGGUAGGGUUCUAGCUGGGACCUCCAAGUUCAAGCCAUACAUAGAAGGGAACCUUGGAACAUAAGAACCUAGGAUUGCAAAUUACAGACACACAACUUUUCUUUCAGCACCAGCUCUUGUCCCUCUGCUAGGUAUCAGGGGAGUUCUUGCUGUGGCUUCUCUAGGCUCUAGGGGUACAAUCCUCUGUGUGUGUGUCUGUGUGUGUGUGUGUGUCUGUGUCUGUGUGCAUGCACACCCGUGUGUGCACAUGCAUAUACUUCUUUACACAUUGGUAUGCAUGUGUCCACACUGGCCAGCCUCCCUGUUCACCAAGGUUCUUCAUAGCUUACCUUUUCCAGUGUGAGGCCCCAGAAGUACUACCUGACAACCUGCAGCUUUUUAACUUGGAUUUUAGCCAUCAUAUGUUAGUCCAGUCUCACUACAACCUACCUGAGGCUGACUGGCUAGAGCCUCUGGGUCCUGUGUCCCUCCCUGUCCAGGCCAUAUUCCCCACUGCUGAUUUUCCUGGCUGAGUAGAUGAAAUGGGUUCAAGCUUAGGCAGCUAACUCACUACCCGUCAUUCACCUCAGGGCAAGGGCAAAAUAUGUAGCCUUGCCUCUUUAAGCCAGCGCCUCUGCCAGACCCCACUGUAAUGUUCCUUGACACACUCAGUAGGGCAAUCGGUAGAGCAUGGAAGUAGAAUUUCAUUUUUUAUUAGUAGCUACUCAUGGGAAUCCCUCUCAGGGCUGCAUUUACAGCAGGACAGCAGAGUAUUACACAAUUCAAAGGGCCAUCAUUUCCAUCUCUUCAGUAGAAGUGGGGCCCCUGGAAUUGGGCAGAGUGGUGGCCAUGUGUCUACUGACUUCCAGUUCCAUCUUUGUCAUCCUUUUCUCUCUGGAACAAAAGAGAAAAUUGGAAGUCUCUGAUUUUAUUCCCUCCCACCUUUUUGUGGCGGGGGCAAAGGUUUACUUCCAGUUUCUGAGCUAUGACUUUCUCCAGAAGCUCAGUUUACAGUGCCCUGAUGGACUGAGAAGAUGUGUGUGCGUGUGCGCACCUGUGUGUGUAUUUUGGGGAGGGUGUUUAUUUUAGUACCCCAUUCUGGGGUUUUCUGAUGCAGUGUGGUUGUGCAGACAUGGUACCUUCUCAAGUAUAGCCCUUUCAAAUACAGCCAAUGCUGGGAAAUAUGAUUGCAGUGAACUCCAUGCCUCCAUCUCUCUUGGGAAAGAGGAGUGCAGCAAGAGCAAGGCAGACAGGAUAAACUUGGUCGUAAUCACGCUUGGAAAGAGCAGAUUAUUUUCAUUCUCCUUAGCAGGUCUGCUGCAUUCCUGGCUCAGACCUUAAGGAGGUGGAUGAUAUGCAACAGGGCAUCAGAUGCCACCUGGUUGGUCCUCACAGGGUGCUGUUCUAACACAGGUCUGACCAAAGGUGGCUAAGGGGGAAGAGAGGACCUUUGUAGGAUUGUUCCUGAUCCUUGAGAAAUAUAGUAGCCACCCUGAUUUUUUAGAUAACCUGAUUCGUGCCUAGUGCUUUGAUCUUUGUUCCUCACUAUCCUGCAAGGUAGGUAUUCUCACUUUACAGAUGAAGAAAUGGGCUCAAAGAGAUUAAGUUAUUAGUGGCAAUCAAGAUUCAAACAGUCCAUUUGGCUGCAUACCCCUGUUCCUUCCUUUCCACGAAACUGUUGGUUCUUCCACCUUCUCUCAUUCCCUUGUACCACGGCCCCGCCCUUAGGCCUUACCUACUGGAUAGUGGCUGCAUGCAGGUACAGUCCAAUGGGAUGAAGAUCCAACUUAGGGUGAAAAACUCCUAUAGGCUACAGCUAAAGACAUGGGAAAACUGCUUGGGAAACCAUUUUACAGGUUGAGUACUUGGAGCAGCUAUAGGGGACUGAGCUCUCUAUCCCAUUGUGUUACCAUGUGUCCUUGAAUAGAUUCUAUAGCUCUUCCCAGUGUGCUUCUGUAUCAUAGAAUUGAAGCUGUAAUUCUAGGUGAUCCAUUAGUCAUGAUUCAUGUUCUACUGUUGCCCUAACCCCCAGGAAAGAUGGGGACUCUUCCCUUCAUUCACCUAGAGUCCUUUCAUUCACCUGGAGUAAAACUGUUUACGCUCAGGUUGUGUUGUAGCAGAUGAAACAUUACUGCUACAGUGUUGCCCCCAUCUUAGCCAGUAGCAAGGGAAGCAACAUACCAAGGAAAGUGGGGACUCUGGCUUCUCAAGAGGUUAGCCAUGUUGCAAGUUCCCAUUUUUAUACCAGCAGGUACAGAGAAACUAGUGUUUUGUGAAGUCAAAUAUUUGUUGGGGGGUUGGAGUUUGGGGAUGGAGGAGGGGCUGUUCUGGGCAUCAGUUGAGCAGAUGCCCAGGAUGCCUGGGGGAGACCAGCUUCCCCUACAAAUCAGAGCUCUAAAUUACAAGGUUUUUACCAACGCGAACAGUUGGGGGAAGUCGUCUGCUCUCAUUUGCGUAAUGGUUUCUGUCACUGGUGAUUAGACACAGGAUGAAGGAAAAGAAAUUUGACAAUUAGGAAUGAGCGAUCAUUAAUCUGAAUCUGUUAGGAGACAGAGAGGGGAAGGAUCCUUACCAGUGGGCCAGCCCAGUGUGGGGAGACACUCCCUCUGUCCCCCAGAGACUUCUGAGCCAAAUGUCCUUUCAGUGUUCCCAACAAGUGGGCAGAGAUUGUAUUUCUUAACAGACUAGGGGCCCAGGUCUCAGCCUGAGAGGGAUACAGGAACAGACAUCUUUGGACUUGAGCCAACAAAGAUAGAGAUAGAUGAGUGUCACAUACUAGCCUUUGGGCAAAGAAUAAUAAUAGGAGAGUUUUUUGUUUGUGGGAAGUGUUUCUGUAAUAGUCAACAAUCUUGAUCCCCCACCUGUGACAAGAUUUUUCACCUUCCAGUGCUGCAGGGUGUGAAUGAAACCCCCUCUAUGAAACCCCAGGAGCUUCUGCUUAGUUGGAGAGGAAACCCCAUGAGAGAAGCAGAGGUCCCCAUCCAUGUGUUGUAUACCCUAUGUGGAGAGAGGAGAAAGAUGGGUAGAGAUAACAACUUUCUAGGUUCCUUAGAGCUAGACUCUACAGGUAGGGACUUCUCAUCCCAGGCCUCCCAUCAACAUUGACCCCCCCCCCAACCCCCUGCCACACAGCUGUGGCUAUGUGGAGGCACUGAAGCCCCUGACUCAAAUCUGACCUAGUGAUGAGGUUAGCUGCUCAAGUUUUAGGGUAUGGAGAAUCCCACCAAGAUCUUUCCAUGUCUGUUACUUCACCCCUCAUACCUUCAAACUUCAAGGACGUUCUUAAUUUGCACCAAGUGAUAUUCCUCAGUUUUGUGACAAUAUACAGAAAGUUCCUUAGAUCAGAGGCUCCCUCAAGUAAAAGCAGUGGGUCUGUCUCAAAUUGAAGUUGCCAACAAGGAGGCUGUAUCUUCCCCACAAGUUCCCUGCCUGUGGUUCUUCCGCCUUUCAAAAUCUGGUGCAGAAUUUAACAAGGGCUGCCAUCAAUGGCUCUCAGUUACCAGUACCUAAAUGUGGUGGAUAGUGGGGUGUGCCUGGAAGUAGCUGAGGGAGUUUCAUCGGUCCUUGUCUUUUCAGUGCAUGCUCUCCCCUUUGGGAGCUGCCCUCCAGCUGCUUGUCCUCUGUCCCUGCCCACUUAAACGUUUUGUGUCCUCUCAAGUUGUAUGCUCUAAAGGAAUGUUCCCGCUUCCUUUUCUAGAGCUUCCCUCAAUUUCUACUCAGCUUCCUCCUGCCUAGGUUCUCCAGUGGCCCCUUCACCGAAGCCCUUUUUCUUAAGCAGUUGUCCUCUCAGAAACUCCAUAGCUGCAUGCUUGGAUAGAUUGGCCCUAGGAUCCCUUUCCCUGGGAUCAUCCCUGUUCAUCUUGGUCUGUCUUCUGUUUCUGACCUCAGGUAGCUGUUGAGUUACCCCAGUUUAGUUCCUUUGUUCUGUGCUCUGUCCUCUUGCUACUCCUUUUGUUGAUUCUGUACAUCCUUGUUUACCUUGUCUCACACUUGUAGCUCUUUCUGCUUGUCCCUCAGUCACUUCUGCCUAAUCCUUUUAAGUCAUAGGAUCCCUUUGGGGACAUUUCUCUCAUAAAUUGGCAGCCAUAAGCCUACCGGUUUAUGAUCAUUGAGGCCUCCAAGAUGGGUUAGGGGAUGGACCUAAAGAGUGGUAGAGAAUCAGUGGGGAUUAGUCAGGAGACUCCCAAGAAUGGCACUGGAAGGUGGAAGAAAGGAUAUUUGUGUUGCCAUCUAAAUGCAUCUGUGUGCCUUAGGGUCCAGCAGUUCAGGGAUAAGGGGCAUUUUUGUGAAUGUUUCCUAAAUUCUCUCAGGUCUUUGGCCCAGUGUCACCAAGUUUGGCUGACCUUGGUAUUCUAGUGGUUGCUAGAAGGAAAAUAGCAUAUUGAGUAGUCUGGUGUCGAGAUGGGGAGGUCUUGGAUAAGAACACCCCUAGAGGGUGGGGAACAGGAGAAAGGUCAGCUUAUCCCCAGAUUAUUCUCCAUUCCUCCAAGAAUAUGAGUACAAGAGCUGAUUUGGGGAGCUAAACUCCCAACUCCCCACCAAGAAUCUGCUCUAAUAUUUUGAGAAGGAGCAUGUGUCCUUUACCUUUCAAUGGGGAAAAAAAAAUCUAGCAUAGUGUUCAGAAGCAUGGUUUUUGGAGUCAGAUAUGUUCAGAUUACUAGCUUUGCUACUUACCAGCUGAAUUUGACCUCAGUUGACAUACUUAACCUCUCUGAGCCUCAGUUUCCUCAACUCUAAUGAUAUGUGGGGGUGGGGGCUGGGGGUAUUGAAAAUAUCUACCUCAGGGUUGUUGGAUUAACCGAAACAAUGUCUGUAAAGCUUUAGCACAGUGCCUGGCAAGCACUUAAUAAACAGCUGUGGUGGU